AUGAAGGCUGCAUACUCACUUCUCACGCUCCUUUCCGUGUCCCUCGUGACCGCUGGGCCGCUACCAACCAAUCGUAAUGAUGAACUCGUAAAACCCAUGGAGGCUGCUGUCGCAGAAAAUGCUACUUCUGCUCCUCCUGCAGCGGUUCCGCAUCCCUCUGCUGCGCCAGCACCCGCACCCGAGGCGGCCAACGCUACCGAUCCUGAAGCCCAGAAAGCUGCCGAGGAUAAAGCGGCUGCGGAGCAUAAGGCGAAGGCAGAUGCUAUGGAAGCUAUGCACGUUGCUGAGGCCGAGGCUAAAGACAAGGCGGAUCAAGAAGCUGCCGCAGCAAUGGAGGCAAAGCAUGCUGCUGAAGCGGAGGCCAAGGAGAAGGCGCAUCAGGAAGCUGCUGCGAAGAUGGAGGCUAUGCAUGUCGCUGAGGCAGAGGCCAAGGAUAAGGCUGCACAAGAAGCUGCUGCCAAGAUGGAAGAGAUGCAUAUCGCAGAAGCUCAGGCUAAAGAUACAGCAGCACAAGAAGCUGCCUCAAAAGCCGAAGAGGAACACAAAGCAAAGGUCGAAGCCGAAGCCGAAGCCGCCGCGGAAGCGGCUGCGAAGGGCAACGCGACUGUUCUCCAGGAACCCGCUGCGCAGAAUACAAGUGCAGCGGAGGCCACGGGCGCUGCUGGAAAUGCUACUGCCGUUGUCGAAGCCACAAACGCUGCCGAGCACGCCUUGCCAGUCGAGACUCCGGCUGUAGUUGCCGAGCAUCCAGCUGCUCCCCCUGCCCCUGAAGAUGAGAACAAGGACGAAGCUGAGCGCCCGUCAGUCGAUGAAGGUGUUGCAAAGAUGAUCAGUCACAUCACGGCUCGAGAUGGUUGA